AGCCUGUUAAGUACGAUGUACAGAUACACAGAGCCGGUUGCAUACACACUUACAUGGCAAGGUGAACAUCAAUGAACAUGUGCUAAUGUUAACCGCAAUAAUAAUCAUCGACAGCAUAAGAUUGCACUACUAUCAUUUUGAACCCCUAUUACACCAUACGGUUUCCUCGUACAAGCGGUCAUUUGAGGAGAGACGAUAUGAUUAUCGGGUGUAAACAUCGUGUUCGGUGUACGAGUAGAGUACACUGCUGUCUGAUUGAUGCUGAACGAGAUUCGGUACGGUUUUCCACGAACUAACUGUCUGCGUGAUGGGCUAUUAGCGGCGCUCGUUAUCGUUAUGGCAACCCGCAAAACUGCCGACAGAAGAUGGUUGCAUGUAAUUUACACUGUCCGUGCACGUCAGUGUUGAUGUUUGUUGCGACGGCACAAUUUUUUUUCUUCUCUCUCUCUUCCGUUCACUAUCUGUAUGCUCUUCCCUUUGUAUAAAUAACCACAAUUACCAUAAUGCGUGCUGAUCGAUCGCGGAUAAUCUGAGCGAAAGUGGAUUGAGAAUGUGGACAGUGGGCUGUGUGGAGCGAUUAAUCUGCCGACGGAGUAUACUGCGCUGUCUGGGUGUUGUGGAGAUUCUGGCCGGAUUAGCGGUGGUGUGUAUCAAUCUUCUCGUUGUAUAUAUGAUUCCGUACAUGGACUUCGCCAUCGUCCACUCCGCCAUCUUCUUCCUCUGUCUGUUGACCCUCAUUUCCGGCAUCCUGGCCGUCGUCGGCACCCGCCCCGUGACCUCCCCGACGACCCUCUCCACCUGUCUAGCUAUGCACACCGUGGCGGCCUGUAUCGGCGUCAUUGAGCUGUUGUUUCUCGUCUGCCUCCUGAUCUUCAGCCAUGGCUCCUUGUCCCUUUCACGCUACAUGCUGGCCCUCAUAAAAAAAGACCACGCGCCGGAUGCCGGGCAGGAGGGGAUCCUGGCGGCCUUCUAUCUCAGUAUCUCCGUCUCCCUGGGGAUCACCGGGCUCCUGCUCAUCGCCAGUGCCGUGCUGGGCUUUUGUUUAUUGCAGAAUAAAUCAAGCAGCAAAACAUCACGCAGUGAUAUCCACGCUGAUGUCCGGCUGCUGGGUGCGACGGUGCGGCAGGAGACGCCGUAUUUCUCGGUGGCCCCGCCCACGCGGGUUUGUCCCAAAACGGAGGAGGCCUCGCUCGUUCCCAUGGUAUAGACGCGUGGGAACCGGGCUACGCGCCAGUUCUUCGGGUUGUUUUCUUUUUUUUUUGUUUCUAUGUCGUCUGUGAUACACGCACAAGUGUAACUGGUGUUGUAAUCAGCUCUAUAUACGUGCUUCGUUACGUUGUUAUUAAUUAUUAUUAUGCUUUUUGAUCGGCUUCUUCAUUUUGCUGUGAUUUAUGUUGGCAAUUUCGGAUUAUAUUAUGGUUACACUGUAUGCCAAUUUUGAUGGAAAGUGCUGCGAUUCUUUAGAGCGUUUUAUUACGGGAAUGGGAAGUGAAAGGCAAGGUUGGUGUAUCCUGCGUAGUCCAUCACAUCCUGAUUUUUCUUGGGCCAGAUGACGGCAUUAAAUUGAA